CAUGUGGGAACGACACAGAUUUGUCGACGUAACAGCAGUGUUUCUGUGUUGCAUUCUACUCAACCCCCUUUUGUCCAAUGCGUUAAUGCACGUUUGCUAUUACGCGGGUCCGCAGCCAGAACUGAAAAUAGACGACCUGGAACCCGACCUGUGCACACACAUCAUCUUAGGCUUUGGCAGGGUCAAGAAUGAUGUCUUAGAUUUAGAAGCUCUCGGUGGCCUGGAAGCCGUUAGAGACUUUGCGCGGCUUCGAGAUCGAAACCAAGGAGUUCGGCUCAUGCUGUCCGUGGGUGGAGACUCGGGUUUUAGGCGAAUGGUGACAACACCGUCUUCUAUUGCGAGAUUCGCGAAAUCCGUCGUGACGACAGUGCGGUCCUUAGACAUGGAUGGCAUAGACCUGGACUGGGAGUUCCCUGGUUAUGCACAGUCGAGGAAGCUGACUCUUUUGCUCACGAGCUUGAAUGCAGCAUUCAAAAACGAAUCUCUAGAAACUGGACGGGAUAAGCUGAUAUUAUCGGUGGCCGUUCCAGCUCCAGUGACGUUGAUAGCGGGCAUUUAUGACGUCGUCUCCAUGGCAGAGCACGCAGACUUUGUGAACCUGAUGACCUACGACAUGAACUUGUACAAAUGGUACACUCCGUACACGGGCCACAAUAGUCCCCUGUUCGGCAGACAAUCUGAUGCCCACUAUUUCAAAACCUUAAAUAUGAAAUUUGCAGCAGAAUAUUGGACGUCAGCAGGAAUGCCAAAGUCCAAGCUGAUGGUGGGGAUUCCGACAUACGGACUCAUCUGGAAGCUGAGUAACCCCAAUCAGACCAACGUAGGAGCAUUUUCUACAGGAAGAGGGGAGCAUGGUGGCGGUUACAUCACAUACGAGCAGAUGUGUAUGUUCCUCGACGACGGAGCACAACGUGUUUUCGACGACGAGAGUAAAGUACCGUACGCGUUCAAGAACUACACGUGGAUCAGCUACGAUGACGAAGAAAGUGUGGCUUUGAAGUGGGAAUCAGACAUACGGCGAAACGUCAAAUGA